ACAAGCGUCCAGAUGCGAGCGAGCGAGCGCACAGCUGUAGCCGCGCAAAAGUGUGCGUAAAACUGCACCAAAACUCCAAAAAAACUUUGCGCAACUUUUCCUUGAGAAUUAGGAUAUGUCAGCACACCCAGUCUGCGGGAAAACUAACAAAUUUGGAUACGAAUGAAUUUGCAACUGUGUUACGUAGGGCGUCCGGAGCGACUGUUUACUUCUCAAACAGCACCAUGAUCUCUCCUGUCAACAGGUAACCUGGAGAGCAGCUUUCUUGUUUCGGGAUGAAACUUCAGCAGGACAUGUAUGUGAGGAACCUGUAAACCAGUGCAACAUAUCUUCAGGAUAUUAUCCUAAAGGACUUUAAAGUUCUUCGCUUUAACAUUACCAUGAGGAUUUAUAUGUAAAGCUCACGGGGCCGGAGGAGAUGCAUGCCCUGGACCUGAAGACUUCUCAGAGCAAGUUUAGGAAUUGAGUGGAUCUCAGUUAAAGUUUGAUGAUGGCCUCAGAGGUGGUGUGUGGACUCAUCUUCAGAUUGCUUCUGCCUGUUUGUCUUGCUGCAGCAUGUCUGUUCCGCUACAACUGGCUGUCUUUUGUCUACCUCAUCUAUCUUUUACUCAUCCCGCUGUUUGCCGAACCGACAAAGACAGCAAUGCAAGGUCACACCGGACGCUUGUUGAAAUCCCUGUGUUUUACCAGUAUGACUUUUCUAUUGCUGCACAUCAUCUACCAAAUCACAAUCAACAGUCUGUUAGCAGGAGACAAAAUUGAACCCAACUUCAACUGUUCAUCAUGGGAGAGAUCAAUACGGCAGUUGGGCGUUGAAAGUGUGCGAGGUGCAGAUGCUGGCAACGGGAUCCGCGUGUUUAUUCCAGACAUCGGCAUGUUCGUGGUGGGUCUGGUCACGUGGCUUUUGUGCCGCAGUCUGGAGAAGCCGCAGGUAAAGGACGUGUCACAGCACAACAGUGACUUUGAGGUGGACAACCAGGAAAAGGAGGAUGAAGAAGAAGAAGAGAAUAAAGAUGAGAAACUGGAGCUUGAAGAUGAGCUGCUGUUUGAAGAUUUCGAGCUGGCCGAUGAAGACUGUGAACUUCCUGAUGAUGAGGAAGUGGACAUCGAAGAUGGAGAAUUUGAGGAGCCUGAUGGCGAAGAAAGCACAAAAAUAAAGAUCCUGCGACAGAUAGCGGACGUGGCGUCCAAACUCAAAGAAAUCGUUGGCAAUCUGAUUACCACUGCAGGAAAAGUAGUCGUAACCAUAUUAUUGGGUCUCACGGGUAUAAUGUUGCCCUCCCUGACCUCCACUGUCUAUUUCUUCACCUUUUUGGGCCUGUGCACCUGGUGGUCUUUCUGUCGCACCUUCGACCCGCUUCUCUUCAGCUGUCUGUGUGUUCUCAUGGCCAUCUUCAGCGCUGGUCACCUCAUUAUGCUCUACCUCUACCAAUUUCAGUUUUUCCAGGAGUCUGUCCCAGCAGGAAACAGUUAUGCCAGUUUAUUUGGCAUAUCUCCAGUGGUUUUGACUGACUGUUCUCACACCUGGAUGUUCAAAGUGAACCCUAAUCUGGCGUGGCACCACUUUGUCAAUCCCAUCAUGCUCUUGGUGCUUUAUUACACAUUGGCCACACUCAUCCGUCUUUGGCUGCAGGAAUCAGAGGACAUGGUUAAAGAGAAAGAGGAGGAACCUGAGGGACGAGAGGACCCAGAGUCUCCUGAAAGCAAUGCUGUAGUUUAUACAGCGGAAAAGAAGAGACAGCUGUGGAGAAUGGCACGCUACCACACAGAUGAGAGAAAUUCUUAG